AUGAUAACUUAUUUAAAAAAAGUAAAAUUAAAUAAAGAUAAAAAAUUUUUAGAAAUAAUUGGACGUGAAAAUUUUGGUACAGUUAAAAUACCAGAAAGCUUAAGGAGUUUUUAUGAGAAAAAAAAAGAAGAAAUAGAAUUAAAAAAAAAAAAGUUAGAAGAAAAAAAGAAAAAAAUGGACAAAGUUACAAUAUCAAAAGAAAGGAAAAAUAAAUUUAAAUCAUCUAAAGGGCAACAUAAUAUAUAUUAA